AAACCCAGCAUGAAACCUCUGCGAAAACCUUCUUAAUUUCUCGAGUAGGAAUUUAUGGUUUUUGUCCAAGUUUCUAAGAAUUUUCCUUCAUUUUUGAAAACAUGGAAUUUUCCUUCUCAGCCACAACUUUGGUGCGAGUCUCUAUUAUCUAGUUUUCCUAUAAAUAGAUAAAUUCCACAAAACUAAAUGCAAAAUUACAAUACAGUUGAAAAAUGAAAACAAAAGAUGAAAUUGCAGUUAUCAAUCCUAAUUUCAGCAUUCCUCUUCCCGUUGACCUAACUAUUACCAAAAGCAUUUGGCAGAUUGGGCAUGGAAACUUGGUCGUGAAAAAUUCCGAUGGCAAUAUCAUGUUCAAAAUCGAAGGAUCGAUCUUCAGCUUCAAUGGCACGAGGGUUAUGUCUGAUGCUGUCGGUGCUCCUAUUGUCACACUCCGGAAAAAAAUAUUCAGUGUUUUUGAUACAUGGAAGGUGUUUAGAGGUGAAGGCCAAGAUAAAAGAGACCUAAUCUUUAUUGUGGAGAGGGCUUCCAUUUUCCAAAUGAAGACUAAAUUAGCAGUGUUUUUGGCUGAAAACAAGUAUGAGGAUGUUUGUGAUUACACGGUGCAAACGAGUUGGUUUGAAAGAUCUUGCCAAGUUAAUGUUGGAGAUUCUUCCACCAAAUUAGCCCAAGUUUGUAUCUCUAAAACCAAUAUGCGAAAGAAUUCAUGGCUAGAUAGAUUAUUUAGCGGCGAGGACAGGUUUGAAGUGAUGGUGUACCCAAACGUUGAUUGCGCCUUCAUCGUCGCUCUAAUCGUCAUUCUUGAUGAGAUCGUCUCAAAUUCCAGAAGAAGCCCCAAGCAUAAGUGUAAUGGUGGUGGUGUUUUUUCUUCUUUGUUUUUGAUUGUUUGUUUCUUUUUCUUUUUCUUUUUGAAGCAUAGGCAAAAUCGAGAUACAACCUUCUUCUGCUUUCACCCCACUCCCCAAAGAGACAACCUUAACUAUUAUUCUUGAUGGAGGCAUCUCAGAUCUUCUUGUUUGGUGUUUAAGCUCUUCCCAUGCUUGUAUUAAUUUAAAAAAUUUCUGAGUCA